GCUCUCAACCACUUCCUCCUCCUCCCCUCCCCCUACCGAUUCCGACCGGCCCUCUCCAUCUCUUCUCCUCCUGCCCCAAAUUGAAAUCCUCCUCGUCCCCGCCUAGGGUUUCGCUUCCUCCACCCAGCCGUCCGAGCAUCCUCCACCCCACCUGCGGCUGCGGCGCCCGCCACCCCUCCUCUCGUCGCCCUGAGGCUUCCCCUACCGCCGCACGUUUGGAUUGCCAGUUCCGCCGCCCUGCCGCGCCGCCCAGACCCGAGGUCAUUCCUGGCGCCAAGAGUGGCAACUUGUAGGCACUACUCUGUUUGAUUGGUGCAUAAAGGGUGCUAUUGUGGAACUGCAAAAUUUCUAAGUGAAGAAUAAGGCGGGUUUGAAGCUGUCUUCUGUUGUUGCUUCCAUGGCAACCAACGAGAACCUCCCACCAAAUGUCAUCAGGCAAUUGGCUAAAGAACUGAAGAAUCUUGAUGAGUCACCUCCAGAAGGGAUCAACGUGAUUGUCAAUGAUGAUGACUUCACCACCAUUUUUGCUGACAUUGAAGGCCCUGCUGGAACUCCAUAUGAGAAUGGAGUGUUCAGGAUGAAGCUAUUAUUGUCUCGCGACUUCCCUCAAUCUCCCCCAAAAGGAUUCUUCUUGACAAAAAUUUUCCAUCCAAAUAUAGCUACUAGUGGUGAGAUUUGUGUUAACACACUGAAGAAGGAUUGGAAUCCUGGCCUUGGAUUAAGACAUGUUCUUCUGGUAGUAAGAUGCCUUCUGAUUGAACCAUUUCCUGAAUCUGCGCUGAAUGAACAAGCUGGGAAAAUGUUACUUGAAAAUUAUGAGGAAUAUGCACGGCAUGCAAGGUUAUACACUGGCAUCCAUGCACUUAAACCUAAGAAUAAGUCCAAGACUGGAGCUAUUUCUGAGUCAACCACAGCUUUGAAUGUGGACAAGUCAAGUAGUGCUUCUAGCGAGAACACACCAUCCAUACCACCAGCAGUAUCUACAUCCACUUCAUCCAGAGCAUUUGGCACAAACUUGCAGGAUCAGAACCCGACUGUUUCUGAUCCUGUUGUAGGAGCUGCAGCAGCACGAAAGAAGGAUGGCCCGAUGGCCUCCAAAGCUCCUCUUGACAAGAAGAAGAUGGAUGCGCGGAAGAAGAGCUUGAAGAGAUUAUAGGCGAAAACAUCCCGGGAAAAGGGGCGUGGCAGGUAGAUCAGGAUUCAUAUUUGUUCGCAUGCGCCGAGUUCAGCAGAUGCUUAGUGAAACUGGGGGCAAAAAUAAGUGGAGAGGGGCAUCUGGUGAUCUGGCUUUCGGGACAAGGGGGGAAGGGGGCGGGACCAGAAUGGAAUAAUGUGAACUGCGUCCUUUGGGACAACUGUAUUAUGUGCAAUGUCCAAUCAUUCGAAA